AAUCCAUAACCAAAAUACAAACGUUAGGUAGUUUUUAAAAUAACUGAAACUAUUUCAAAUUGCUUGGGCAUCAAGGAUUCGACACCAAAACAAUGUGGGAAACAAAGAUGCGACACCAUACCAAUGUCUUGUUUGCCAGCGUCCUCAUCAGCUUCAGCGUCUGCAUAUGUGGAGGAUCACUGGAUUUUAAGGUUGUGGACCUCACACACAAUCACAGCAAUACGUCAAUUAAAUGGCCCGGAAAUCCAGAAUAUAAUUUUACAAUCCUAUCACGUGGGAAAACAGCCGAUGGACUUUGGUUAGAAAUGAACUAUUUUGGUACCGCGGAACAUGCUGGAACACAUCUAGAUUCACCAGCACAUUUUUACAAAGAUAGAAACCGAACACACAACGUUCCGCUAGAAAAUCUGAUUGGUCCAGGAGUAAUUAUUAACGUCAAAAAUAAAGCUGCGAUAAAUGCCGAUUAUCGGGUAUCGAUUGAUGAUUUAAAACAAUGGGAAAACAUGUACGGUAAGAUUCCGGAAAACGCAAUUGUCAUUAUGAAUUCAGGCUGGCACAAGCAUUACCCGAACGCAUCCCUUGUGUUUAAUACGAACAAUUUCACCGAUCCAAGUACAUUUCACUUCCCUGCCUGGCACGAAGACGCCAUUGAGUGGAUUAUCAGUGAACGCUCAGUGAACGUCGUUGGUGUUGACACACCGUCAACUGACUUCGGACAAACUAAAAACUUUGCAGUUCAUACCAGCUUAGGAAAAGCCAAUAUUUCGGGUGCAGAAAAUGUUGCAAAUCUGGACGCUUUACCAGAAUCUGGAAGUAUGAUUUUUGUUGCUGUGACCAAGAUUUUUGAUGGGAGCGGAGGUCCAGCAAGAAUAUUUGCAACUGUUGCCAUCAAGGAUACGAGUUUUGAAUGUACACACGGACCCUGUUUUGUAUUGUUUUUGUCCGCUUUAUGCAUAAUUAUCCCAUUGUUAGCUCACAUGUAUCAUAGGACCAUGUAGACUGUUGUCAUUACUUUGCCGCGGAGUCCUUCCGCCCUUCGUCGUGUUGUGUAUAUGUAUAUGGUAUAUGUAUGAUUAUAUGAUUUUUUAGUUAAGAAU